AUGGAAGGCGGAAGCGCUUCGCUCGAGAUGUGGCGGAGCGGAGGCACGGGUCGCCUCAGGACGGUCAUGGCGGCUGCGCCCCACCCGCGCCUGCGCCUCGUCUCGCUCCAAGUCGCCGGGACCCACGACUGCACCGGCACGCUGAUCGGACGGCGCUGGGUCCUGACUGCGGCACACUGCAUCAAGUCGGGUGCGCUGCAGGUCGCCGUCGGCCUGCAUUCCGCGAAGAACUCUGUCAAGGACGAGACAUGCGCCAUCUAUGUCCAAAUGGACGAGAAGAAGCCGAUUCAGCACGAGGACUACAGGACGGACGAGCAGAGAGCGGAAUACAAGACGGAGUGGAAUCUUCCUGAAGAUCACGUCCUCGACGUUGAGGUCCUCAAGGCCAACGACAUCGCGCUCAUCAGGCUGACGGAUGACGCGCAGUACGACCACAUUGAGCACCUUGACAACGACCCGGUGACCAACGAGCCAAACUCGGAGCUCAUCGUUGCUGGGUGGAACAUCGGCGGCGGCGACGCGACGACAGGCGCGGCGCAGUACAAGAAGGUGCAGGUCUUUGCCUCCGAUACGUGCGACUCGACAGAGACGGACAAUCCGUUUUGCUUCAACGUGAAGCUCACCGACAAGAUGAUCUGCACGGCUCCAGGCGCCCGCCGGGGUGACUCGGGCGGCCCGCUGUACAAGGUGGACGCCGACGGGAACGCGGUGCUGGUCGGCGUGACCAGCUUUGGGCCGCCUGAAGCUUCGCCCUGCUUUACAAAGAGCGAGAGCAGGGUGGCGUACACGAGGGUCGCCUCGUACACCGACUGGAUCUGCGACAAGACGAGUGGCGACGUCUGCCCCCCAAUAGAAGACACGUGCGGCUGCGGGGCGAGCGCCUGCCGCGUGACCUGCACGCUGACAGUCUCACGGCGCGUCGAGAACGACGACCCCGACACCUGGGGGACACAGCGCUGCUACGACUGCCGGCCCGGCACCUACUCGGACGCAUCCACCGGCGCGGUCAACGGGUGCACCCGCUGCCCAGAGGGCACGCACCAACCGAAAUUCGGCCAGGGCGAGUGUGUCGCUUGCAACGAUUUGGAGUUCUCCUCGGACGACCGGACCUACUGCGUGGACAAAUUGAGCGAGAUCCGGCUGUACGAGAGCAGCGGGUCACAGCUCUCCGUGACGGACUGCGUCAGCAACGCGGGUGGAGAUAGGAACGCAGGUGAGGGCUCGCUCAAGCUCAUCGAUGGCAGCGUCAACACCAAGAACUGCUGCUCCACCUCCUCAACCAAUGUCGUCGUCACUCUCACGCUCUCACCGUCCAUCACAAGCGCCGUCACCGCCAACGACAUGCCAACCUUCUCCUGCGAGCAUGGAGACGGGGUUUACAAGGUGCUCGACCAGCAGACGGGUGUCAGCGCUCCAAACGAUCGUAAAACGGCCUAUCCGACCUACAACCUCUGA